UAGUGGAGCCGGAGCGGGGCGGAGCGGCGCUCCGGCACUUUUUCAAUCCAUGUUUUUCAAUUGCAAAUGUUCACAUUUAUAAAUACAUAUAUUUAAAAUAUUUUCGUGUUCGAAUUUUGUCUAAACACUUGUAGUAAGCAUUGCCUGCGGCUCUGUGCCAGCUGUGCGAAUUUGCGACAGACAGACAGCUAGCUAUACGUUUAAUAAAGACAAGCUGUCGGCUAAAACAUCAAGUAAUCUGAAAAACGAUGUCACCACAAUAAGCAGCACAGUUGCUGCUUUUGAUUGGUCCAUUAUUAUGCCAUUAAAAUAUGCUGUCAUUCCAGUUUUUUUUUUUAGCAAAUCAAUUUUGAAAGUGAUGUUGCUGACAACCAAUCAGAGAAGGAGGCGGUUCAUUCCUUGGCCGUAACUGAGGUGAUGAUAUUAGUAACGGUAUUAAUAAUAAUAAAAAACAACUCGCAAAUCAAAAAUGUCUGGUCUCGGAGGUAGUAAACGAACUCGUCAAGAGACUUUGAUACAAUAUUUUGGCAAUAGUAGUAAAAAACAGAAGAUCGUUUGUUGUACGGCAGAAGCAGAACCUACAGUGGAACCAGAACCUACAGCAGUUGAAGAAAAAAGCGCGGAGAAACAGCCAUGGCCAAACAUCUGGAGUUCUGAGGUAUGGGAAGAAAAGAAACAACUUUACACUUUCCUUGACUGUGCGGAUGGUAAUCUGGGCUGUCGUGUUUGUAGACGUGUUUCUGCGCUGUCAGUUUUGAAAAGUCAGGGUGUUUCUCUGUCUUCUGAGUGGAAAAAUUACAGUGUUGGGUACAAUGGAAAAACUCGAGAGCAACAGCUACGAUCUUUGAGAAAAAAGAUAGCUGAACACAAGAAAUCCAGCGCUCAUAACAAGGCCACUGCAUUGUUACAGCAGAACACAGAGGACAUUAUUGGGAAAUGUGUUGACAGUGCAAAAAGGCGAGAUCACGAAACUACCUGUAAAAUAUUUUCUACUGCUUACUACCUUGCAAAACAAAAUCGACCCUAUUCUGAUCAUCAGGCCUUACUGGAACUGCAAGAAAUAAAUGGUGUUAAUGUGGGAACUGGUCUUCAUUCCAGAUACAGCGCCACUCAAAUUAUCAACCACGUUUCUGAUGAAAUGGUCAAAAGGCCUGUGAGAGAAUAAUACACAUCGAUGGAAAAAUUGCUGUGUUAAUUGAUGAAUCAACAGCUCUGAAUGGUUCCCCAGCACUUAUUGUGCAUCUCAAAUGCGAGACAGACAAGACACGUGACCCUCACUUCAUGUUUUUGGAGUUAGUUGAACUUUUUGAUCAGUCAGCUGAGUCCAUAGUGUUAGCGCUUACUAAGUGUCUUCAAAAACACGGGUUUGACCAUGCAUACUUACAGAAGAAUCUUGUUGCAUUUGCAAGUGACGGUGCAAGUGUAAUGCUUGGGAAAAAAUCUGGUGUGGCAAAACGAAUUUCAGACAUGUACCCCAACAUUGUUGUCUGGCACUGUCUAAAUCACAGACUCGAACUUGCAGUUGCCGAUAGUGUUUCUGAGACUACUGGCAUGAACCAUUUUCAUUCUUUCAUGGACAAGCUAUACUCAGUCUACAGUAGAUCAGCACUAAAUCAGCAAGAACUCCGAAAUUGUGCGAAGGAACUGGAUGCUGUCUUGAGGAAAAUUGGUCGUGUACUGGAUGUGAGAUGGGUUUCCAGUUCGUUCAGGACUGUCUCCGCUGUGUGGGAAAGUUUUGAAGUUCUGUCGACUCAUUUUAAAGCUGCCGUAAGCUCUAAGCGGACUUCUGCUGAAAGAGCGACAUACAGCGGUCUACUGAAAAGGCUGUGCUCGCCAGAAUUUCUCAUUGACCUCGGAGUUAUGUACGAUGCCUUAUACGAACUUUCACUGCUGUCAGAGAUUCUCCAGAAACGGACUACUACAUUGGUUUAUGCAGAUAAAAUGGCACGUAGAACAGUAAGGAUUUUUGAAUCCAUGAAUGAGAAUGUAGGUACAAAGACUCUUGAAGCGCAGAUAGCUGCCAUGGAAGGAACAUUUAAAUCUACAGUGCUGACGUCGAAUCCCAAACAUGUAAAAAUAAAUCAUAAACAAUUCCUUACCAAACUCGCCAAUCAUAUGAAAGAACGACUUUUUACAACCACUGCAUCAAAUGAGAAGGCUUCUUCCGAGGUGAAUUGCCAAAAAUAUGAAAGUCUUCUUUCUGAGCUCUUGGUCCUGGAUCCACACCACUGGCCUGCAGAACUACCCCAGGGUUAUGGCGAAAAUGAAGUUGAAAGAUUGUGUCGGCGCUUUCAGCUAAAUGAACGUAUUAUCAAAAAUGCAUUUCGAGAUUUUAAGGAGAACAACGGAAGAAUUCCAGAUGAUUUAGCUCCACUUAUUAACUGCACACGUGUGAUCCCGUGCAGUACUGCUGAAUGUGAAAGGGGAUUCAGCCAAAUGAACUUAAUUAUAACUGAUCAGCGUUCCAAAAUUUUAAUCAAACAUGCUUCAGCCUUAAUGUUUAUCAAGCUUCAUGGACCCCCUUUGAGACAGUGGAAUCCAAGCCCUUAUGUGACCACUUGGUUGCGACACAAUCAUCGAUCCGCAGAUGACAGCCGUACACGGGUGGCAGCUCCAAUUUCCAGCGACUCCCCUGACGCUCUGUGGCAGUUCCUAUAGUUGACUAAAAACAACCUGUGAUUGG